UAGUGGGGAUCACGUGGGCGGGCUGGGUCGCUCCUCGGAGGCGUGCCAGCAGCCUAGUUGAGGAGGAGGAAGGGGACGCGGAGCCGCGGGACAAGUGGCGUGUGGUGAGGCGAGGCCCGGCCAUGCUCAGACUCGUGUCCAAGGCCUUCUCCUUCCUGUGGCGGCGGGCUGAGGGCCCGGAUGAGGAGGCCGAGGCGCGGCAGCGGGAGCCCGAGGAAGGUACCACCAAGCUGAAAACUGUUCAGGGAGUUGUGACAAGAUACUGUAGUGAUUAUGGAAUGAUUGACGACUUGGUGUGCUUUACUAGUGAUGUCGUCACCAGCAGUGUGCCACUGAAUAUUGGCCAGGAAGUGACCGCCAUUGUGGAGGAGGAUAAAAUAUCCAAUGGACUAAAGGCUAUCAGAGUUGAAGCUGUCUCUGAUAAAUGGGAAGAUGACAGCAAAAAUUACUGUGAACUUCCAGAUUCCAGUACUAAAAUUCUGAUUGGCUGUAUCACUUCUCUCGUUGAGGAUGCUGGCUACAUUAAUCAGACAACCUACUUCUCCAUGCAGGAUGUUUGUGAAGGUUUUGAGCCUUGUAAGGGUGAUUGGGUACAAGCUGAAUAUUUCAUUAAACCAGCCACAUGGAACAGUGAGGCAAUUUCUGUGAAGCCACUGAGAUACAAACGAGUAGAUCAGGUUUGCAUUUCCAGUCUCUGUGGAAGAAAUGGGGUAAUCGACGAUAGUAUCUUUUUCACUUUGGAUUCCCUGAGACUUCCUGAAGGUUAUAAACCUCGGAAAUCUGAUGUGGUCAAUGUGGUGGUUGUAGAGAGUAACCAAUCAUGCUAUAUUUGGCGGGCUCUAUGCAUGGCGCCUGUUGAAAGAGACUCUCAUAUCGUCAGUGAAGUAGGAGUCGACGAGUCAUGUGGAACCCUUCUCUUGAAAAACAAAGGAGGUCUUGAAGUUACAAAAAUGACAAAUUUUGGAACCUUAAAAGAAGGAGAAAGUAAAAAUAUGGUCAUCUGGAUAGAGAAUAAAGGAAAUGUGCUGCAGUAUUUAGUCAGCUGCAGGCUAGCUGGCUGGGAAAAAUCUAAACAAUUUAGAUUUCAGAUGCCUGAUAGAGAUCAAAGAUGCACAGGAGAAUCUUAUGUUUCUUCUGCCCCUGACAAAGAAUGUUCUUCAGAAGAGAAUGUUAAUUCAACUCCCAGUUGCAAUAAAGAGAUAACCUGCCAGUCAUUGGAUAGCAGUUCUGUGGACUGCAACGAACCUUCUUCAGAUCAAGACAUUACUGUACCAGAGGAACACACACCUAAAGGAACAAAUGAACAAAAAGAAAAUGACACAUUAGAGAAACCAGAUGCAGGAUCUCAAGAACACAGUGGAGAAGUUCCAAUCCCUCCAGGCAAAAAGACAUUCAUCGUGAUUGUUUGUGAUGCCAAGAAUCCUGGCCGUUGCAUGGAUCUCCUUUUGCUUUGCUUUUCUGAUUUUGUUAUUGGACGUUACAUUGAAGUGAAUGUAGUAAGUGAAGAAGAGUUACUAAUAGCUGUCACAGAGCCAUUUUCUUGGAAAAAGUCUAAAGCUGCCCAAGCUCUGACGUCUCCCAAGACUACCGUGGUGGUGACAACACAGAAAAGAAACCUAAGAAGACAGUUGCCAAGUUUCCUCCCUCAAUAUCCCAUACCAGAUAGACUAAAAAGAUGUGUGGAGCAACAACUAGAUAUAUUAACUUUUCAACCGUUACUCGCAGAGCUGCUUAAUAUGUCAAAUUAUAAAGAUAAAUUUUCCACUUUGCUGUGGCUUGAAGAAAUUCAUGCAGAGCUAGAAAUCAGGGAGUUCUAUAUGAGUGGAGUGAUUUUGAAAAAGAAUGGGAAUUACUUGGUUUUGGAGGUUCCAGGAUUGGCAGAGAGUCGCCCAUCCUUGUAUGCAGGGGACAAAGUGAUUUUAAAAAGCCAGGACUACAAUGAGCACGUUAUCGAGUACAUUGGCUAUGUGACUGAGAUUCAUGAAGAAGAUGUUACCCUUAAACUCAAUCCAGAGUUUGAAGAAGCUUACAACUUUGAGCCAAUGGACGUGGAGUUUACUUUCAAUCGGACAACCAGCAGAAGAUGUCACUUUGCAGUUGAGCAGGCAAUACACCUCGGUGAAAAAGUAUUAUUUCCAGAAAGUAUCAUUUUACAGUCUCCACAAGUUUCUGGGACUUGGAACUAUUUACAAGAUACAGCUAAUGAUGAACAGUCUGCUCUUAAGCAAGGAAAUAAGAAUAAGAAAAAGCCAAAGGAGCCAAAGGAACAGAUGACAAAGAAGAAAAAUGCCAGUUCCAUUCACGACAUGGUGACAUUUGCCACACAGACAAUGAAUGGAGUACAAGCCUCUAAAUCGAAGGAGAGUGAAUUUUUCAACCCAGUUCUAAAUGAAAAGCAGAAACUAGCAGUUAGAAGAAUCUUAAGUGGGGACUGUCGGCCAAUCCCAUACAUUCUUUUUGGACCUCCGGGAACUGGAAAGACAGUGACCAUAAUAGAAGCUGUUUUACAGAUUCAUUCUACUUUACCAGACAGUAGGAUUCUGGUCUGCGCCCCAUCCAACAGUGCCACCGACCUCGUUUGUAUGCGACUACAUGAGAGCAAAGUGCUUGCCCCGGGUGCCAUGGUGAGAGUGAACGCUACCUGCAGAUUCGAGGAGACUAUCAGUGAUACUGUCAGACUCUACUGCAAAGAUGGGGAAGAUGUCUGGAAGGCAUCUCGAUACAGAAUAAUCAUUACUACCUGUAGUAGCUCUGGACUGUUCUACCAGAUUGGAGUGAGAAUUGGACAUUUCACACAUGUUUUUGUGGAUGAAGCAGGACAAGCAAGUGAGCCAGAAUGCCUCAUUCCUCUGGGUUUGGUCUCUGAAGUUAAUGGCCAGAUUGUGCUUGCUGGAGAUCCCAUGCAGCUCGGCCCAGUCAUCAAGUCCCGGCUAGCUCUGGCGUAUGGAUUAAACGUGUCCAUGUUGGAAAGACUCAUGUCCCGGCCCUUGUAUCUGAGAGAUGAGAAUGCUUUUGGGGCUUGUGGAUCUUACAAUCCUUUGUUGGUUACAAAGCUUGUGAAGAACUACAGGUCCCAUUCUGCAUUGCUCUCAUUGCCAUCUAAGCUCUUUUACUAUAAAGAACUGGAGUUCUGUGCUGAUACUGAAGUGGUCAACUCCUUGUUGGGUUGGGAAAAACUACCCAAGAAAGGCUUCCCUCUCAUUUUCCAUGGCAUGAGGGGUAGUGAAACACGAGAAGGAAGAAGUCCAUCCUGGUUCAAUCCGGCUGAAGCAGUUCAAGUGAUGCGUUACUGCUGCCUCCUCACAAAACACAUUUCCAGUGUAGUGUCAGUGAUGGACAUUGGAGUGAUCACCCCCUACAGAAAGCAGGUGGAGAAAAUCCGAGUUCUUUUACGCAAUGUCGAUCUGAUGGACAUAAAGGUUGGCUCUGUGGAAGAAUUUCAAGGACAAGAAUACUUGGUUAUUAUCAUCUCAACGGUACGGUCAAAUGAAGACAAGUUUGAGGAUGAUCGAUUUUUUUUGGGCUUCUUGGCCAACUCGAAAAGAUUUAAUGUUGCAAUCACCAGACCCAAAGCUUUGUUGAUUGUGCUGGGAAACCCUCAUGUCCUUGUCAAGGAUCCUUGUUUCAGUGCUUUGCUGGAAUAUAGCUUAACCAAUGGGGCCUACAUAGGCUGUGAUUUACCUCCUGAACUACAGGCCCUCCAAGGCCAGGACUAGGGCCGAGAUGGGCCUGUGCACGCUUUCUCCACUGCCGCUGAGCCUGGCAGCUCGAGCGUGAGACGAAUCAUGAGUGUCUCCAUCGGCAGGAAAUGGCAGAUGGGCCCCCGGUCUACUGUUCCCCCGUUUAUUUCUGCCUCCUCUUGCCGGCCACCAGUUGUGGGCUUUUGGCCUCGUUUUUGUGGCUUCAUCCACAGUCAAGUAGCUGGGCCAAGGGCGCCGAGGAGUGUGGCGGGCGCCCCUUCCUCCCGGCCAGCACUGCCACUUGGGCAAGUCGUGUCAGAAAUGAGCAGCUGCUCUGAACGGUGCUCUCGUCUCCGAACGCGUUCUGUUCAGCCUUUACAAAUAAACACAAUCACAGGAGCCUGGUGAGCCCCUUGUGCAUUCUGUCUUACCUUCCAUCACAGAAUCAUGUUAGAGAAUUAGAGUCAGGGAGACCCAUGUUCAAAGGAGGCCUCACACACUGACUAGCUCUGCUUGUCUCAGGUUUCCUCAGCUAGAAAACGGGGGUGAAAACAGCAUCUACCCCGUAGGGCUGAUGUGACGGUAUAGCCACGAAGUGCUUGGCACAGUGCACAUAGUGGGUGCUUAAAAUGCUUGUUCAUGAAGUGACUUGGAGAGGAAUACCCAAUGCACAUUGGAUAGCGCCCUGGAGGAAGCUGGCACUAACAUUUGUGACCCUAGACAUCACCCAGUCUCUUCUCCCUCCCAGGGUGCUUGUGAGGCUGCCAAACAAGAGAUUUAUCAAGUGCUUUGCCCACCUGGAAGUGCUGCAAAUGAUCAAGUUUACUCUUUCAAUGUGAGGUGGUUGUUAUUUACUAAGUAUAAUUAGUAAUGAUGUGAGAUAAAUAAAUGAAAAAUUAAGAAAGUAUUUAUUAUAUAGGAUUAAAUCAUCAUAAAGUGAGCAGAGCACAGAGCCAGAGAGACCCACACCUGCCCCACUUUACCAAAAACCCAAGCUCAAAAAGAGCCCCACGGCCUCCGUGUGUAAAAUGAGGACUGCGGACGUAACUUAAAAGGAUGCUGGGUAAAUGUAGUUCAAGUGCAGCAAAUUUCUAUUUGCACAAUGUGAAGCACCGAGUUUAUUUUUUAGAAUAAGGAAAAAUCAGUAUUGGACAAACCAGAGAAGAGAAAUUACUUAGGAAAGAGCCCAACAGGAAGCUCUUUCCUGAGAAAACUGGAAAAGACCAAUCUGGGGUAGAUUUAACAAGCACUUGUGUCCCAGUCCCUGUACUGAGUUUCCCAAAUAUCUCACUGGAUCCUCACAAGAACCCUGUGACAGGCAGGUGCUGUUAUGACCCCCAUUUUAGAGGUGAGGAAACAGAGGCCAAGAUGAAGUGACCUGUACUAUGGUCAGGUAGCUAGGAAAUGUUGGGUCACAUUUGAAUCUGGGUCUUCCUGAUUCUAACCCCAAGGUUCUACCACCCUGUGUCCUCUGAGCUUCCUCUGCACUACAUAAAUGAUCCAUGCCAAGGGAUGUUAGCCACAACUGGUGCUGGGGGAGAAUUGGGGGCACACCCUUCUCAGACACUCAUUGGCUCUGGGAUGCUGGGCAAGUUUCCUCACCUUCCUGAGCUUUGGUUUCCUCAUCUGUAAAAUGGGAAUGAUAAUAGCAACCUAACUGAGGCUUUUGAAGGAAACACAAAGAGCCUCAUGAACCUUUCCUCUAACUGACCAUUUUGAUGAUCUGAUGUUACAAAAUUGAGAUGAACAAAAUUAACUAUGAAUAAGAAGGGGAAAAGAUAAUGGGGACCAUGUUCUCACCGCCUGUGUCUCGAGUCCAAUACCCAAAAUAAGGCAACAUCCCCCAUGUGGCAGCAUUAGGUGGCCAAGUAGAUGGAGAGCCAGGCCUAGAGAUGGGAAGUCCUGGGUCAAAUCUGGCCUCAGACACUUCCCAGCUAGGUUAACCUGGGCAAGUCACUUCACCGUCAUCACCUACCCCUUGCCACUCUUCUGCCUUGGAACCAAUGUACAGUAGUGACUGAGACAGAAGAUGAGGGUUAAAAAAAAAUUGUGAACCUAACACUGACGUUCUACCUCACCCCCACUCACAAGCUUGGUGGGGAAGGUGCCAAGGGGGCUGCAGAGGAAGCUCUUCGUGAAUGCCCUGCUGCAGUUGGGAGCUGGUCCAGCCAUUUGGGAAGCAAGAGAAUUCUACGAAAGGCAUCCCAAAUGCCCAUACCCGGGGACCCAGAGAUGCCGCUGUUAGAGGUUAGCGAAAUGAAGGCAUUCUAUCAGGAACUUCCUCACUCAGCCUGCUGGUCACCCAGGAUGCCCCUCUGAGCACUGGUCUAGCUUUUUAGCUUGGCCCUAGCCUGCCAGAGCUAUGAGAAGCAAGGAAGAAGAGCCCUCCUAUCCCAGCACCAAGUGUCAGCUUGUAAGAGCAGGGUGGAAACCACUGCCAUUGCCACCUCGAAUCCCCAGACGAAGACAGCCCCGGAAGCUGCUUCCAGGCCAUCAGAUCUGAGUCAUCUGUAGCUCUGCAUAAAGUGAUUAGUGUUCCAGGCACUGGGCCAAGCACGGAAAAUACAAGCCAGAGAGAGUCCCUGCCUUCAGGGAACUUGCAUUCUCACAGAAAAGGGAACAAAAACUGGAG